GCCGUUGGGUGAGCCGCACCAUUACCUCACACUUUCAAUAUUGGAUUACGAGAAUUUUACUUCAAGGCCCACUUUUAGGAACAAAUACGAAGAGGUAUAAAGCCGAAGACCAGCAACAAUGUGACGCAGUUUGAGUUGACAGCGAGCCAACAUGUACACACCGGUCGUCUUGUUGUUGUGUGGUAUCGUGGGUAGCAGCGCAGCGUAUUACAUUCAAAGGGAUAUACCGUACAACACCGGGCCUGUUGAACCCUAUCCAUUGGGCAACAGUUAUAACUUACCCCUGGAACAAUCACAACGGCUGUUCUGGGGCAAUGGACAAGGCAGUAACCAAGUCGGCGGCACAGGACUUUGGGCGACAUUGACUAACAAAUUCCCGUUCUUAGGGAACAUGUUCGGUCGCUUGGAACUACCGUCAGAGUACGGUCCACCGAAGCAGUUCUAUACACCUAACCAGUUUAACCCUCAAGAAUCUUUUCGGACGCAACUAUACCAAGGAUUCGGUCAACAAGUGCCCUUCGGUAGAGAUGUAGCGAUCACCGAUGAUGCAGUGAUCGUGACGCCUCCUCAAGUGCCUAUUGCCUCGCAGCCCAUACCCGCACCGGUGCCCCAGCCAGCCCCAGUGCCCCAGCCACAACCAUCACCCGGCUAUAACUACGAAAAGCCACGCUAUAGGCUAGAACUUCCACAAAAGUAUUAUUAAUUAAUUACUUAUCGCAAUUUCCUUUGCUUUUAGUUGCAUUUUUAACAUAAUAGAGAUAUGCAUUUACAUCCUAAGUAUUAAUAUCUUUGUGAUGUCUACGGGUAUUUAACCAUUAUAACCAUCAAGAGGCUCUCUUUUUAAAUAAUAAAC